GGUUGCUCUUCUUUCAGCAGCUGGAAGGAGCUAUUUUAAAGAAUCCCAAGUCAAAGGAACUGAACCAGAUCUGGAACUCUGACCUCCCCCCUCACCUCCCUGCCCCUCACCAGCCGCCUCGUGUCAAAUGAUCAGGCUGUCAUCCAGCGUCUCUAGGGUAAGAUUUCAGGUCAGCUGGAGCGUAUAAAGAUAGGUGCCAAGCCAGCGGCAGCAGAGACAACAGUGAAUGGUGAGGGGCAAUCAGAUCCCUGCUGCUGCUGCUUCCUAGGAUGGAGCCCUAAGGAGACUUAAGGGCGUCCUGCGCGCCCCCUACCCCUCCCGGAUCACAGCCUCCUCCCUGCACUAAAGCCCAGGGCUGCAGUGCAGCCUCUCUCCUUGGACUUGCACCGGGCCCCAGCGGGACGGGACCGAGCCUUCUGGGACCAUGGUUGGACUGAAGCCUUCAGAGCUGCCUCCCACAACGGCUGUGAAGUUCCUGGGGGCAGGCACAGCCGCCUGUUUUGCUGACCUCCUCACCUUUCCACUGGACACGGCCAAGGUCCGCCUGCAGAUCCAGGGGGAGAGCCAGCCGGCCCAGGUGGCCCGGAGCGUGCAGUACCGCGGCGUGCUGGGCACCAUCCUGACGAUGGUGCGCACCGAGGGGCCGCGCAGCCCCUACAACGGGCUGGUCGCUGGCCUGCAGCGCCAGAUGAGCUUCGCCUCCAUCCGCAUCGGCCUCUACGACUCUGUCAAGCAGUUCUACACCCCCAAGGGCUCUGAGCACUCCAGCAUCACCACCCGGAUUUUGGCGGGCUGUACCACAGGGGCCAUGGCAGUAACCUGUGCCCAGCCCACAGAUGUGGUGAAGGUCCGAUUUCAGGCCAGCAUGCACAUUGGGCCUGGGGGCGACCGGAAGUACAGUGGGACAAUGGAUGCCUACAGGACCAUCGCCAGGGAGGAAGGGGUCAAGGGCCUGUGGAAAGGAACGUGGCCGAACAUCAUGAGGAAUGCCAUUGUCAACUGUGCUGAGAUGGUGACCUAUGACGUCAUCAAGGAGAAGCUGCUAGACUAUCACCUGCUCACCGACAACUUCCCCUGCCACUUUGUCUCUGCCUUUGGGGCCGGCUUCUGUGCCACGGUCGUGGCCUCCCCUGUGGAUGUGGUGAAGACCCGGUACAUGAACUCCCCCCCAGGCCGAUACCGCAGCCCCCUGGACUGUAUGCUGAAGAUGGUAGCCCAGGAGGGCCCCACGUCCUUCUAUAAGGGAUUUACACCCUCCUUUUUGCGAUUGGGAGCCUGGAAUGUGAUAAUGUUCGUAACCUACGAGCAGCUGAAACGGGCGUUGAUGAAAGUCCAGAUGCUACGCGAAUCCCCAUUUUGAAUAGGACAGGCCGCUUGGGACUUCACUGGAACAAAACCAGUUAAGAAUGGAAUAAAGCAGUGGGUCCACGCACAACGGGACACAGACCCACACGUGUUUACAGAACUGUUUACUUGCUGCUGAUUCAAGAAACAGAAGUAGAAGAGGAGGAAAGAUUGUCUUAAGAACACCUUUGUUUUGCACUGACAAGAUGGAAAAUAAAUUAUAUUAAUUUUUGAAACCCAUUACGUUGGAUGCCUAACAUUUAGGCAAGAGAAAAUAAACUACGACAGAUCCAUUUGGAUAAUGGAAGUUUGCAAACUUCUGUCUCCUGAAAAAUCUGAUUAGACAAUGAAUUAUGAAGAGGAAAGACUGCAAGCAUGGGACAGCAGUGGCAUAUAACUUGGAAAUCAGCUAAGAAGUCUAGAGGGUCCAGUCAAAGCAACGCAAAGCUGUGACAACGCAAAGGUUUUGAUUAACCAUGGGUCCUUGACCAAACAUGUACAUGAGUCUGCUGUGUGGAAUCCACUGGAAUUCUACGAAUGGGAGAGAGAAAAAAGAGAGAGAAAACUUGGAACCUGUGCCAAAGGAGCACUGCUGGACCAGUGUGAGGCUGAGACUCGUAAAUAGUCCCUGAUGACACUAUAGAACCCAGAGGACAGCCUCAGUCUCCUUUCCUGUAAAAUGGGAGUAAUAAUCCCAUUGCUGCUACCUCACCAGGAGUAUCAUGAGGAUCAUGUGAAAAGCUGGAGAGGAAAGCACUUUAUAAAAGCAAACACUCUGCACAAAUGUGAAUAUAAGGACAAGGGUGUGGGAAAGAUUUUGUCAGGACAGUGAGGAAGGGCCAUGACAGGAAAGAAGUUUUUGAAAGAGAGUUGUGUAGAGGUGCGACCAAAGGACCAGGGGCUGGGGGGCUGGGGAUGACAGACGAUGUGCAGCCACGGGAACCCCACUCCCAUGCAGCCCCCACUCCCCAGCUGGAUUACGAGGCACCUUGAAAAGUGUAGGGCUUGGGGGAAAGGAGGUAAAUGCUGGGCUGAGAGCCUAAAGAACAGGGCUCAGAAUUUUUGGAAAAUUAUUAUGACUCAAUAAAGGAAUUCACACCUUGGGUGUUGGAAUGAG